AUGGAUCUGUUGGAAGCAACGACAGAGGCUGUUAUCAACUUUGAUCGCCACGCAGUACUAUGGGCAUUAAUUGUUGGUAUCAUACUUGCCUUCCUUUUGGGAGCUGGUAUGGGAGCCAACGAUGUAUCAAAUGCUUUUGGAACAUCGGUUGGUAGUGGAGUAGUGACAAUUAUUCAAGCCUAUAUAAUGGCAACUAUUGUUGAAACGUUAGGUUCGAUACUAGUGGGUUGGAAAGUUGCGGAUACAAUGCGGAAAGGUGUAGUAGAUGUUGAUAUAUAUGCGAGUGAACCAGAGGCGUAUAUGUUAGGCCAAGUUGCUGUUCUUGGAGGUUGCUCUGCUUGGUUAGCAAUUGCUACUGCUUUGAAUAUGCCUGUAUCCACAACUCAUUCCAUCGUCGGAGCCACUCUUGGAUUCAGUAUAGUUUUGAGCGGUACCAAAGGAAUCGUAUGGAAACAGGUCAUAAAGAUUGUUGCCUCUUGGUUUAUUUCACCUGUCUUAUCUGGGACUGUCUCUCUUGUGUUAUACAUUACGCUUGAUCUUUGUGUUUUGAGAAGAGACAAUCCAUUCAAAUGUGGAAUGAUAGCUUUGCCUUUCAUCUACUUCGCUUGCAUUGGUUUCAACACUUUCAUGAUUUUUAUGGGAGGAUCGAAGUUAUUGCAUCUUGACAAUAUUCCAAUUUGGGGGUGUUUCCUCAUUGCAUUGGGAGCUGGAGGUGUUUCAGCUCUCUUCGUACACUUCUUCUUGAAGCCACGAGUUCUGCGCAAAGUAAACGCCAUGUCAGAUGACCCUGUUAAAAGAAUAGAAGACGGAGGUACUAGUAUUGAUAUGUCUCCAGAAAAGGAAGAUAAUGUGUAUCCACCUCAGCCAAAGUUCAAUGAAAUUAAUGGAAUCAAAUCUUUCUUCCUCUGGCUUUUACCAGACAAGAAUCAAAAAGAGGAUGCUAAGACAUUCACUUUGUUCAGUACAGUUCAGAUUUUAUCAGCUUGUUUUGCUGGUUUCGCUCAUGGAGCUAAUGAUGUUGGUAAUGCCAUUGCUCCUCUAGCUGCUUUAGUAUCAACAUAUAAAUACAAGUCAAGCGAACAAACAGAAGAAAUCCCCAUCUACAUUUUGUUGUACGGAGUUGCCGCUAUCUGCACUGGUCUCUGGCUCUUAGGACAUCGUGUUAUCAGAACUGUUGGAACUAAAAUGUCUUGUAUUAAUCCCUGCAGUGGGUUUACUAUUGAAUUCGGAGCAGCUAUCACUUCGUUAAUAGCCAGCAAGGCUGGUCUUCCCAUCAGUACUACUCACUGUCUGGUGGGUUCGGUUGUAGCCGUCGGCUGUGUGAAAGCAGGAGAAGGAAUCAAGUGGAGCUUAUUUAUUAGUAUAGCCUCUUCAUGGAUUGUAACUCUCCCUAUAGCUGGAUUGAUCUCCGCUGGAAUAAUGUUCCUGCUCAAGCUUCUCUGUUUAUAG